AUGGCUGUAGGGUAAAUUGGUAGGGAUUUUUUUUCUCCGCAAAGUGUAAUAAAAUCAUACUGCAGAAUAGUAGGUUGAUACAAUAGGUGGCGUCUUGCACCUACAACAUCUGUUUCCGGACCGGCAUAAUACAGAAGAUUAUUAUUAUUAUUAUCAUUAUCCCAUCUUCAACCUAGAUUUUAGUGCGGAAGUGGAUGCGCGGGAAAGGAACAAACGUGAAAAUGGCUACUCCGAAAACUGUUCCUAAAGAUGCACAGGUUAUGAUUCAAAUCCUCAAAGACAUGGGGAUAACAGAGUAUGAGCCCAGAGUGAUUAAUCAAAUGCUGGAAUUUACCUACAGAUAUGUGACAACCAUUAUCGAGGAUGCCAAAAUCUAUGCAACACAUGCUAAGAAGAACAAUGUGGAUGCUGACGACAUAAGACUGGCGAUCCAGAGUCGCAUGGACCAGUCCUUCACCUCCCCACCACCACGAGAUUUCCUGCUGGAGGUAGCUAGGCAGAAGAACCAGACCCCUCUGCCUUUGAUUAAGCCAUACACUGGGCCCCGCCUGCCCCCAGACCGUUACUGUCUAACAGCUCCUAACUACAGGCUCAAAUCCAUACAGAAAAAGAUGUCCUCAUCCGCGGGGAGAAUUACAGUGCCUCGUCUCAGUGUAGCAGCUGUAUCCAGCAGGUCCAGCACACCUACCUUUGGCACUCCCUCAGUUCAGUCAGUCACUACCAAAGUAGGGACGCCAAUGUCUCUGUCGGGGCAGCGCUUCACCGUUCAGAUCCCAUCCUCACAGACUGCAGCCUCUAAGUCCUCCACACCAUCCACCCCAACGGUUCAAAACGUCCUAAUCAAUCCCUCCCUGAUCGGCUCUAAGAACAUCCUCAUCACCACCAACAUGGUGUCACAGAGCUUGGCCAGUGAAUCGCUGAAAAGGAAGCACGAAGAUGAUGACUAUGAUGCAUUAUGACCUCAUGGAUAAGUAGAUAAAACAGGGAGGAGUCGGCUAGAUGAAAGCUGUGUGCUGUAAAUAUUGUAGAAGUUAGUUUUGAGGUGAGCCAGCCAGUUUACAAUUCUCCCAUCACAUUGUGUAAAAUGAUUAACUGUCAUGCCUGUUUGCCACAAAUUUUUGUACAUACAAAUAAAGAUAUUUGUGACAAGAAGAGAAUAAAUUUGUAA